GCGGGCAGAGAGAGCCAGAGCUACUUUAUGGAGGAAUGCGAGUGUUCAGCGGACGGACUGAGUGCACCAUAGCCUGCUAGUGACAGGAGGUGAGAGCCUGGGGCAUCGAAGAAGACACCAUCAUCAUCAUCAUCCUCUGCGUUUUGGGAAAAAGCAUUCCAUCUUUGGGACUGGGAAGAGAGACUGAGCAGAGGGGAGCCACGUCACCAAAAGCUGGUCGGUGGGCUAUCAAAGAGGAGGCCAACAAUGAGCGCAGAUGAUGCGAUAAGCAUUUGAUGUCUCCGCGUGGAGGACCGGACCGAUCACUCGAGCGAGGCCUGGUCCCAGAUGGAUGCUCGAUGAACUUUUCUGGGGAGGGGUCAUGAGUUGAAUCACCCAUUCACUCGCCGGCGGGAACAUGGGAAGCGUCAGCAGCCUCAUCACCAACGACCAACUCAACAGGCCCUCAGAGAUGAGGUUGAAAAAUAGAACAAACCAGCCUAGACGCAAUGGAGGUUGCAGCCUUGACGGCUUACUGAAGUGUAGCUUCACUCAGGCCUCCUCCUCCUCCUCCCCCAUCCGUCUCCCCAAAGGCAUCUCGCACUCCCGGUCCGGACGAAGCGAGGACUUUUUUUACAUCAAGGUGAGCCAUAAACCGAGGCCGCCGCACCACAGAGGGGAAGACUGCGGCCGGAACGGCGAGGAGAAAUCCGACGAGCGACGGAAACUGACGCUCAUGUCAGGGACUGAUGGGACCACUGCUGAGAAGUCGCUGGUCCGAUCCACUGCAUACAAGCCUUUAAUUCCCGGGACCGUGUCCUCCUCCACAGAGGCGCAGCGCAACAGCCUGGACCACAUUCUCAGCCAAUUGGACAAAGCAAAGAGUGCAGACAACCAACACAAGCGAGAUACAUCUUCUGGGAAUCUGUCAGACUCUGGUCGCAACUCCAUGUCAAGCCUGCCCACUCACAGCACUAGCGGUAGCCUAAGUGCUUCCACUGGCCCUGUCAGUCACAGCGAUGGAAGCUCCACUCCGGCCAACUGCCUCCUCAAGGGAGCUCAGGCCAAUUUGUCCCCCUGGGUGAACAGCGGUAGUCGAGACGGCGGCUAUAAGACUAGUUUGAGCCCAGGGGGCUUGUCAUCAACUGCUAACAGUGAUGGCGGCUCCCCGCUAUCUUCAGAUAGGCCCAAACGCCUCUCUGAAACUGUGGGAGGGAGUCGCUCCCCUCUCACGACCGAUGCUUCACUGAUUGAAACGUUGGAACAAAGACUCCUAGAGAGGGAAAAUGAACUGCAGGAGUUGCAGGUCAGCUAUGAGGUGAAGGAAGCGGCCACCUGCCAGUUGUUCGAGGAAAGACAAAAGUAUUGCGCUGAUGAGUCGCAAGAAUUGAACCGUGGGUCUCCCACCAUGACACAACACGCCUCGCAGAUGGCUGGAAAUAGCCGGCAAGCGCUGCAAUUGCAGGUCAGCCAACUCCAGGCAGAAAACGAGAGACUCGAGGAGGAGCUCGUCAAGCUGAGCCGAGAAAGGGAGCUCGUGGAGCGAAGACUGAGAGCCUUCGAGGAGAGCACACAACUCGCUCCGACGCUUGAGGAAACUCAGUGGGAGGUGUGCCAGAAAGCGGGCGAGAUCUCUCUUCUGAAGCAGCAGCUGCGAGACAGCCAGGAGGACGUCAGCCACAAGCUCAAUGAAAUAGUCAGCCUGAGGGCGCAGCUGAAGGAAAUCACAGCGAAGGCUGAGAUGCUCGAGAAGGAGAACAAAGACGCCGGCGACAGACUACGCUCCCGUACCAUCGAAAUGGAGGUGUGUCAAAAUGAACUCCAGCGCAAGAAGAAUGAAGCCAACUUGUUGAGAGGAAAAGUAGGCCAACUGGAAAGAGACUUUGAGGGAAAGACCAAAGACCCCAAGCCCCAUCAACGCACUUCGCAAACUGAACCUUGCGGCCUCAAACAAACCCCAGAGCGAGUCACCGCCGUCCACAAGCAAAAAGAGGAGCCAGAAGGUAAAAGCUCCACGGAACUCCAGAAAGAAGUGGAGAGACUAAAGCAGCAGCUCAGCGAGGAGAAGACAGCUCACCAGAGACUAGCGACUAGCUUCGACCAAGAGAAGCGAACGUGGAACAAGGAGAAGGACAAGGUCAUCAAGUACCAAAAGCAGCUCCAGAUCAACUACCUGCAGGUGCAUAAGAAGAACCAAGACCUGGAGCGACUCAUGAAGGAGCUGACUGCUGAGUUGGAGGCCCGGGCUGAGCUGGGUUUGGAUCUCAAGUACAGCUCAGGGUUACAGACCUACGAUGACGUCAUCGCCACUGAGAUAUAACGGCUUCCUUCCACUUGAACUUGACUUUUUUUUUUUUUUACUUCAAAAAACCUUCACAGCAGACACUGGAUGUCAUUGCCAAUGCUAAUUAUUGUGAUUGUAGCUUUGAACAUUUCAAAUUGCGUUUUCUAGCUUUUGUGACAUUUAGUGAAAUGAAUCGAAAUACAAAAUCUCAUUUUCGUGUUGUAAAAUAAUAAUUUAUUGAAGGUUAAAAUGAUUUUUUAAUGCUUUUUUUUGUACUCUGCAAGUUCUUUCAUUAUUAAAAGUUUUCAGAAUUUUAGGAUAAGAAUGCAAAUUAUUUUGAACGUCGCGUCACACCAGCAUGAAAACAAAUAAUGCGAAAACAAAAAUAGGUGCUGUACUCUCCGAAUAUUGGAUGACAAUUGCAUAGAAAUCUCAACAUUUUCUUUGCAAUAUAUACAAUAAAAUAAUUAAUUAAUUUGAGUAAAACAAUCAAA